AUGGCUCUUCUUGGAGUGUAUGAUGUUAAAACUAGGUAUUGGAGCUUGCUUUCGGCAGUUAGUGAUGGAUUGUGUCACUACUUCUUCACUGUCCUUUGGACUUACUGCGCUCUUGAGAAGAGCGGAAAGGGCUGGACAUAUUUCAGGUGUCAUUUACUGUUUGCAGAUGAUUCCAUUAUUUUCAGCAAGGCCACUUCGCGGGAGGGACAAGCAAUUGUCGAUGUUCUGCAUUCCUAUGCCAAGGCAGAUGAGGUUAGGGAGGAAUUGAAAACAUGUUUUGGACUUGCUGAUGCUAAUAUCUCACAUGAUAUGUACUUGGGAUUGCCGUCCUUUGUGGGGAGGAAUCAACGAGUUACUUUUAAUAUGGUCAAGGAGAGUGUGAUGAGGAAAUUGCGGAUUUGGAAAGGGAAGCUUUUCUCCAUGGCAGGGAGAGAAAUUCAUAUUAAAGCAGUCGUGCAAGCUAUUGCCACCUACACUCUUACGAACUGCUCUAGUUUCAAGAUUUUGCUAAGCAAAGUUGGAGGAUUAUCCAGAAUCCUAAUUCAUUUGUUGCCCGAGUACUCGAGGGCUAAAUAUUUUCACCAUGGGCCCAUUCUAGAGGUUGAAGUAGGCCAUAACCCUUCCUAUACAUGGCGGAGCCUCUUAUGGGGCAAAGAGUUGCUGGCUAAAGGUAUUCGUUGGCAAGUGGGUUCGGGUAGGAAUGUCACAGUUUUCAGGGAUCCGUGGAUGCCUCCUGUGGCGGAGCCACUUGAAGAUGAUGUACGUUUGCCUCGGCCUCAUUCUUUCAAGCCUAUCACGCCUUGUUCAGAGGGUAUGGAAGAGUUGUUGGUUGAGGAUUUGAUCGUUAAUAGGCAAUGGGAUAGAAGUUUUGUUCAGGCCAAUUUUUUGCCCGUUGAUCAGGGUGUGAUUUUUAGCAUCCCUUUGGCUUAUGGCAUGAGUAAGGAUCGGUGGAUGUGGCAUUUUGACUCGAAAGGGCUGUAUACCGUGAAAUCGGGUUAUAAAUUGGCAAUGGAGUUUGAGGCGCAACCAAGGAGGCUCCAUGGGGACUAG